GGGGGAGAAAAAAAAAAAAAAAAACACUACAAGAAAAUAUACAGCACGGGCAGGAAAAAAACUCCACAAACGAGUAUUUACUACGGAGGAGAGGAGACGCGGACGAGAGCGCAGGCUGGAGUCGUUUUUGCCCGAUGUCCUGUGCGGGAAAGCGGGAGGAGCAGCACAGGAUUACCGGGGGGAGAAGCAGCGGUCGGAUUACACUGAAAAGGGAAAACGAAGCGGUCCAGAGGGGAUGAGGUGACCGCCACGAAGCCACGGGAACACGGGCUCGAGUUGUGCGUAAAGGCGGAAGAAGGACGUUUUUACGCAGCGCUCGUGGAUCUAUUUCAUAUGUUGCUGUGGUGAUAUUUCCUGUAUUUACGCGUUUGGGAGCUGUCAGAGGAUAGUUUCUCCCUUUUAGAAAAUAAAAAAAUACGAGGCCAGUUUGACUUGAACCCAAUUCAAGCGCCAGUCUGCUGCCACCGACCGCUCCAGUCCGAAAAAGUCCGAGUGCGGUUCGUCGUUUUCCGGAGAGGAGCGGUGGAUUGAGCCGAUGCCAACGGCAGAUUGCAGGUUGCUCCAUCAUGGCCGGGUCAUGAGGUGUUUAACCUGCCUCCUAUUUCUACCAGAAACCCUCAAAAAGUCGCUGAAAAUCGGUACGCUCCCGGGCAGGUUCCCGCUAUGUUCUGAGCUCCUGACUCUAUCGCUCAGUCUCAAAAAUAAGAAGAAAAAACAGGCGGUGGAAAAGAAGAUGGCUGCAGAGUUGUACCCCGCGAACGUGAACGGCACCGCGGGCCUCCAGAACGGGACCACGGUGGCGGACACGGAGAAGCCCAAAGAGGUGCAGGUUUGCCAGGCGAGCAGCAGCACGAGCGCCGCGUCCAGCCCGACCUCCAACCAGCAAAACAUCACCAACAACAACACGGUGGAGCCGGCCAGCUGGCAAUGCAGCCACCCCACGCUCCGAGAGAGAAAUGCAUUGAUGUUUAACAAUGAGCUGAUGGCGGACGUGCACUUCAUUGUUGGUCCACCGGGGGAGUCGCAGAAGGUCCCUGCCCACAAGUACGUUUUGGCGGUGGGCAGUUCGGUCUUCUGUGCCAUGUUUUACGGCGACUUGGCCGAGGAAGAAUCCGAGAUCCAGAUCCCAGACGUGGAACCUGCGGCUUUCCUCAUUCUGCUCAAGUACCUGUACAGCGACGAGAUCGACCUGGAGGCGGACACCGUUCUGGCCACUCUUUACGCUGCUAAGAAAUACAUCGUCCCGGCUUUAGCGAAGGCCUGCGUCACGUUCCUAGAGACGAGCCUGGAAGCUAAAAACGCCUGCGUCCUUCUGUCCCAAAGCCGCCUUUUCGAAGAACCUGAACUCACGCAGAGAUGUUGGGAAGUGAUCGACGCCCAGGCCGAGCUAGCCCUCUGCUCCGAAGGCUUCUGCGAAAUCGACCUGCAGACGUUGGAGAUUAUCCUGCAACGCGAAACUUUGAACGCUAAGGAAGUGGUCAUUUUCGACGCGGUUUUGAACUGGGCUAGCGCUGAAUGCAAGAGACAAGGUUUGGGUCCUACUAUUCGAAACAGGAGAGAAGUACUCGGAAAAGCGCUCUUUCUGGUCCGAAUCCCAACCAUGACGCUAGAGGAAUUCGCCAACGGAGCAGCGCAAUCCGAUAUUUUAACCUUAGAAGAGACGCACAAUGUGUUUUUAUGGUUCACCGCUGCUAAAAAACCACAACUGGACUUCCCGUUAACGCCCAGAAAAGGGUUGGCGCCGCAGCGAUGUCACCGAUUCCAGUCUUCGGCGUAUCGUAGCAACCAGUGGCGUUACCGUGGGAGGUGUGACAGCAUUCAGUUUGCAGUCGACAAGCGAAUUUUCAUCGCCGGGCUCGGGUUGUACGGAUCGAGCGGAGGGAAGGCGGAAUACAGCGUCAAAAUCGAACUGAAACGCCAAGGGAUCAUUUUGGCGCAAAACCUCACCAAAUUCGUAUCCGAUGGAUCUAGUAGCACAUUCCCGGUUUGGUUUGAGAAUCCGGUGCAAGUCGAGCAAGACACUUUCUACACAGUUAGCGCGGUUUUGGAUGGAAGCGAGCUGAGUUAUUUCGGGCAAGAGGGAAUGACCGAAGUACAGUGCGGAAAAGUGACGUUCCAAUUCCAGUGUUCCUCGGAUAGCACCAACGGGACCGGCGUGCAGGGAGGACAGAUACCGGAGUUAAUAUUCUACUCCUGAAUUCUCAAAAAUAAAAUACAGAGAGAUAAUUGUAAAACUGUAAAAGCCUUUAAUGAAAUGUAGCAAACUAAAGCUGCGCUCACACGGAAGUCCAUUUUGAAAACUCGUGUCAAACGCCCUCCCAUCCUCCUGUAUCCCCGUGUGUCAGAUGCCCUCCCAUCCUCCUGUAUCCCCCUGCGUCAGAUGCCCUCCCAAUAGAUAAAGUCCAUGGUUGCUUGAAAUUAGUAGGACAAAACUGAAUGUGCCUGAUUUCAAUAUUUAAAUGUAAUAAUCCACUUCUACUUUUUGCAUCAAUAUUUAUGAUUGUGCCUAAAUGUAUUUAAAACGUAGCAAAAAAAUAAUAUAAUUAAACUUAAAUUAACAUGGCAAUACCGCGUCACAUGUGAACUACUAACCUAUAUUGACAACUGCGAUGUUUAAAGAAGGAGUAUUCUGCAAAAUAUACCAUGUUAUAAUGUUUUUCCCUCAUUAAAAACGUGCCUGAAGACGUCAUCCGUGCAUGUUUGAGUAAUCUAGUGAUCUCUCCUGGGCCCUAUUCGAAAACGGUAUUCACGGUUAGAUUCUGUACAAGGCUCCGCCCACAAGCCUACAUCACCCACGCUCCCGCUUGACAAACCUGAUGUGAUGUGCAGUAAAUUCAUUAGUGGGAUGCAGCUGAUUGUGUUGUGACGUUGCUCUGAAGGACUUAGGAGGAGGGACUUAGCACAGAGAGCAAAAGGGGAGGAGAGACUCAGAGUGCCAAAAAAGCUAACGUGAAUAUAGCAUUUUCAAAACAAUAAAAGGUAACAUGGUGAUAUAAAUACGUUAAGUCAAAUACCCCGUCUUUAAUACCCCAUAGAACUCAAAUACCGCCGCUUUAAUUAUUAUAUUUUUGUCCGUGGGGCUUUGUAAAGAUUUAAUUUAUUUUUUAAUCAGUAAAUAUUUAAUUAUGUCAGAAUGUUUUUAGUUUGAAUUUAAAUCUAUUUUUUACUUGUAGAGUAGUACCUCAUGUUAUUUAUACUUGUCCCGUUGUUUUAUUUAUACUAAGACUUUUCUAAUUGGUUGAUUGCAAAAUAGUCUUAUUAUGAAAAUCACAUAUACGAACAUAUGUACAUUUUUGUCCUCUUUUGUCCGUGUGUCUUUGUAAACUGCUACUUUUGAUCAUUUAAAACGCUGCAUUAAAAAGGCGCUGUACUUGAUUUUUUACCGUCUCGAAACCGUGAAAAACAGAACUAGUUCAUUUUAAACGGUUUUGCAGUUGUCCAAAGUUACUCCUCACUUACCUAAUGCAUUCUGAGCGUACUAAUUAUUCACCACGAUGAGUUUAGAAGCGCUUUUCACAACUUUCAGAGAUCAGAGCUGAGUUUUGCAGUCAGGGUAAAGCCAAACAACAACUAGGAAGCUAAAACGCACUUCCUAAUUAUCAGAGAAAUAAAUAAAACGCUUGAUAAAUAGAUGCAGACAGUACACAGUGGACUUAUUUGUGUCUGUACUGGGACAAGACGCAUUUCGGUCAAAUUCGGGUUGUCAAAAGUACCGAAGUAUCGAAACUAGAUACUCAUCUGGGCAGGUAUCGAUACUAAAAAGUAACAUUCAAAGGACAGAUUUUAAGUUCUCAUGAAAAGUUUGAGUUUGAUUUUGAGCUACAGCAUAAGACCUGGCAAUAUAAAGAAACUACUAUUAUUUUGUAUAUGAAUAUUACAUCCUAUAAAUAAAAAAGCUGCUUUUUUAAAUCUUCGUUGUGGUAUCGAAAUUGGGAUUGAGUAUCGUGUUGAGUGAAUUCUUUAGUAUUGAAGUCGGGUUGGAAAUUUUAGUCUUGUGACAAUAAUGGCUUUAAUACACAGCGGGGGAAAAAUCGAGUACAGGCCUUUUAUUAUUACAAUACAAAACAAACUAAAACGUUUCAAGAUUUUUUUUUUCUGGUUUCUGAAUGUAUAUUAAUUGUUGACACUUUUUUGAAAUGUAGUUUGAAAAAUGGCUUUACUUUGGUGUGAUCGCAGCUUAAAGACACUUGAGUCCAUUGAUCUGCCUGGAUUUACCGCGAAGAAAGCAUUAACUAUUCUGUAUUUAAGUUUAAUUUUAUUUUAUUUAAAACUAACAUUUCUGGAUGCCUGUCGAGCUGUGGACCCUAUGGAAGCAACAUUUGUGUAAAAACUUGUACAAUUUAGUUUGGAUUUUGUUCCAUAAAUUGAUUUGUUGCUAUAGUAAUACAGCUGGACUUUUCUGUAGUGAUAUCAUUAAAAGUAGUCUAUUUUUUUCUUGUUGUUUGCACUUCGGAGAACGGCCUAAACGAAACGUGUCUUUUGUAAAAUAUAUUUGUGUGAAAACGGCUCGAUGCUGUUUGGAAAUGUACAAGAUGCUUAUCCAACAUAAAGAUAUUAUGUCAUGAACAAA